AUGAAGUUAGUCAGGUUUUCUACCAUAUCUAUUCGUGGCAUGACGUGCAAUUCAUGUGUCCAGCUUAUAGAAUCAGUCAUCAACAAGCAGUUCAAUGUGAUUUUUGUCAAUGUCUCCCUUAAAUUUGAACGCGCGAUUAUUAUCUACGAUGAAGAAAGCAGUAUCACUCCUGAGUGUCUUGCAACCACCGUCAAUAAUAUGGGUUUUGAAGCAAAACCAAUUUUUUACGAAAUGGAGACAUUUCCUGACUGUUUGGAUAAAACCAGUGGUAAAGCUUUAGAGACGUGUUUAUAUGUUGAAGACCUUAUUUCCACUGACUGUGAAGAUAGGAUUAAUCAAUCUCUUGUAUGUUUACCUAAUUUAGUCACUUUUCGGAUUAAUACAUCAUCAUCUACUGUAGAAAUAUGGCACUUACAGCAAGUAACAACAUCUGAUUUGAUAGAUUGUGUCAGUAAGGCAGGAUUUAAGGCUAUUACGAAACCUCAAACAGUUUCUAUGUGCACAGACGUUUCAACUUCAAAUAACAGUAGAAUUCCAUCAUCAAUGAAAUCUGAAUGUCUGUCAACUAUUCAUCUAUCUAACAAAGCGAAUUUGCAAAGUUUUCAUCAAAAUCUUUUGAUUGUCAAAGUUGACGGAGUAAUUAAUACUAUUAAAUUACAUGAACUACUUCAAGCAUAUCUUGAUUCCAUGAAUCUUUCAAACUGUGAUUUGCAUGUUUUGGCUUCGUCUCAGAAUGGAAUGUUGUUAACUAUCAAUAUUUUAUCUCCUAUUCCUUGUGACUCUUCAAAUAAAGGUGUUCGGCUAGUUACAGUUAAUUUAAUGAAACAAAUUUCUGACUUUUUAACUUCUAAACAAUAUCCAGCUGCUCGAAUAAAAUUGCUUAAUUCAGUUACAAAUAAAUCUGAAGUGUAUAGCGUUUCUAACCAUGGUGAUCAAAAUGCGACAAAUGAUCACCCUUCUAGAGACUAUACAAGUAAACUGGAUAGUUACGAAAUCACUGUUUCCAUAUACGGAAUGCACUGCCAUUCAUGUGUACGAAAAAUUGAAUCUUAUUUCAACGAAGAAUCAGUUAAGCAACUGUACAAUAUAAAGAAUUGUUCUGUUUCACUAUCAGAUAAAGAGGGCAAAUUCACACUGGCGAAGAAUUCAAAGGUACAAGCGUUAACCCAGGAUGAUUUGGUUCACAUCACUUCAGAUCUAUUGGAGAUUAAUGUUGACAAAAUUCAUUUAGAAUUACAAAAGCUUGGGUUUCAAACAUCAUAUGUUACAAGUGAUUCAGCAAAUGUGGACAUUCUUCCUUCUGAUCAAAAUGAUCAACUACAACUUUCAACUACAGUAAAUUAUUUAUCUGAAGUUCCAUUAAACGAUUAUCUACCUAAUACCAUUCCAUAUUCAUCGUCAUCAUCAUUAUUAUUAUCUAAAAAAAAUUUGUGCACAAAUCCUACUACUACCACUACUACGUUAUCCAACUCUAAUGGUCAUCUAUCAACAUCCUUAUCAUAUCAAACUAAUGGAAUAAAUUUAAAUGUACAUCAUAAAAAAUGUUAUUUACAUGUUACAGGAAUGACUUGUAGUUCAUGUGUACAUAAUAUUGAACAGAAUUUAUUAAAAUUAAAAGGUGUUCACUCUGCUUUGGUUGCAUUAAUUGCUAUGAAAGCAGAAAUCAUCUAUGAACCUACUUUAAUCACUGUUAAACAAUUAAUUAAAAAAAUCGAAGAAUUAGGUUUUUCUGCAACAUUAUUAGAACAACAUGAUAAUUUACAUGGAAAUACUGGACGGGGAACUAUUCAUUUCACGAUUCAUGAACUAUCAGCUAAUCCUUCUGAAUGUACAACAAUUGAAUCUACACUAAACAAAAUUAAAGGUGUAUAUAGUGCUUCUUUAGACUUAAAAACAAAAUGUCUUCGUAUUGUAUACAAUCUGAAUGAAAUUGGACCUCGUGAUCUGAUAAAACAAAUUGAAAAUUUAGGUUAUCAACCAGUUUUAUGUCGACCUGAACAGAAUUUGCAUGAAUCAAGUUCCUUACUUAGAUGGCGUAGUUCAUUUUAUUUCAGUUUAGUUUUUGCUAUUCCAACAAUGAUGAUUAUGAUUAUUUUCAUGUUAUUAUGGCCACAUUAUGUACCAGAAAGUUGUCCAGUACAUUUUCGUGAAAUAUCAAUUAAUGGUCAACAACAACAGAAUGUUCUAAAUAAUUCAAAUAUUACAAACGAACAUACAAUACACUAUUUUACUACGCCUAUGAUAAUACCUGGAUUGUCAGUUGAAAAUAUGUUAAUGUUCUUAUUAGCUACACCAAUACAGAUAUUUGGUGGUCGCUAUUUUUAUAUUCAUGCAUACAAAUCAUUAACACAUGGUAUAGCAAAUAUGGAUGUUUUAAUUGUAAUAGCUACAACGAUUUCAUAUUUAUAUUCUGUCGUUAUUUUAUUAAUUGCAAUAUUGAAUCGCUGGCAGCAUAGUCCACGUACUGUAUUUGAAACAUCACCAAUGUUACUCGUGUUUGUUUCAUUAGGUCGUUGGUUAGAGCAUAUUGCGAAGGGUAAAACAUCCGAAGCGCUUACUAAAUUACUCUCCUUACAUGCUAAAGAAGCUACUCUUAUUGACUUAUCACCGACAGAAAAACAGAAAUUAGAAGAUACCUUACAACAGCAAACAAAAAAUUUACCGACAAAUUUAUUUGCUAGUGGGAUUGAAAAACGUAUCCCAAUUGAAUUGGUUCAUCAAAACGAUAUUAUCAAGAUUCUUCCGGGUGAAAAAGUUCCUGUUGAUUCUGUCAUUUUAAUCGGAUCCACAUCAUGUGAUGAGUCGUUGAUUACUGGAGAAAGUAUGCCAGUCGUUAAAAAACCAGGAUCAGAUUUGAUUGGUGGUUCUAUCAAUCUAGCUAGUAUUGUAUGGGCCAAAGCAACUCAUGUCGGUGAGGAUUCAGCCUUAUCUCAAAUCGUUCGUCUUGUUGAAGAGGCACAAACUUCGAAAGCACCAGUACAACAGCUUGCAGACAAGAUUGCUGGUUAUUUUGUUCCAUUUAUUUGUUUAGUGUCAUUGACAGUUUUUAUUUUAUGGAUCACUUUAGGCUUCUUGGUACCGACAACCAUAAAAGGCUAUGAACCUGGUUGUUCCAUUCCCCUGUUAGCUAUUGAUCAUGCUUUUCGUAUGGCUAUCACUGUAUUAACCAUAGCUUGUCCAUGUGCUCUUGGCUUAGCCACUCCAACAGCAGUGAUGGUAGCUACCGGGACUGGUGCAUUAGCUGGUAUAUUAAUAAAAGGUGGUCAACCUUUAGAGAAUAUGCAUAAAUUAACUACAAUAUUAUUUGAUAAAACUGGAACAAUCACUCAAGGCCGACCACAAGUUAUCCGUAUUGUCAUGUUCAUACCACCUAGUGGUGAAAUGGAGAGAUCCACAGAAGUAAACAAAUACCAAUCACCAGAUCAAAGUUCACCAUUAUCGAUCUCUUCAUAUAAACCGCAACUCUGUUCAAACAUAUCACCUAGUCGAUUUUUAUAUCUUAUCGCCAGUGCAGAAUCAACAGUACAACAUCCUCUUGCAAAUGCUCUACUUAUUAUAGCACGUACAUUUCGUCGAUUUGCAUUAUCAUUUAAUUCAGAUGAAUUAUUAUUAAAUACAUCAAAAGAUGGAGUAAAUUAUCAGAAUACUCAUAAUAGUAAAAUGAAUUAUGAUUUAUCUAAUGACUUUGCAAAGAUUUCUCAAAUUAGAACUUCAUCUGGACUAGGUGUUCAAUGUAAUGUUGAUCUAUUACCGUAUGAUUGUCCACCAGGUCCGGCAUUGCCGAAACCUUUAGAUGUUAGAAGUAAUAGUUUCAGCAAUCAGUAUACUGAAUUAGAUAUUAAUGCAGCAUUACAAAUGAAAUUAACUUACAUAUCAUGUAUGUGGCCGACAAAAAAUACGCCUUCUACUGAGAAUAACCUUAUUAAUGGGGAUCAUGAUGAAUUGAAUAAUAACAAUAAUAUUAGUUUUCAAAAGUUUAAUGAUCUGUUGUCUGAUCAAUCUAUGACAUAUCCGGCUAGUUCUCAUUCUACAGUCAAUGAAUUAGAUGAGUAUCAGGCAUUAGGAGAUUGCAAAGAAAGUGUACAACAGAAAAUUAGUACAAACAAUGAUAUCAUCACUUCUCAACAGCAACAACAAAGACACUUUUUAAAUGGAUCAGAAAGAAUUGAAUGGGCAGACUCCACUAAAGGUGGUGUUCAUUCUGUACUGAUUGGUAAUCGUGAAUGGCUAAAACAAAACAACGUAAUAUUGCCCAUCAUUUUAUCCAAUGAAUACCUACCGGAUGGACGUGAAUCAAAUCGUCAAACUGCUGGCUAUUGUAACAUCCCAACAUUGGACUCACUAGUUUCAGCUGAUGAAUCUCAAGGUCACACAGUCGUUUACGUCGCCAUUGAUAAUAUUCUGGUCGGUCUAGUAACAAUUUCUGACCCAAUUAAACCGGAAGCUGAUUUAAUCGUUGCUGCACUACGCCAUCGUGGUAUACGUGUAGCUCUAUUAACUGGUGAUAAUUAUCGUAGUGCUAAUGCAGUCGCACAACAAAUCGGUAUUGAUGAAGUCUAUGCUGAAGUGUUACCUGGUCAUAAAGCGGAUAAAAUAAAAGAAUUACAAAAUUGUACAACUGUUCGUAGAAGAAAUAAGAGAAAUUCUACUAUGAUGUCAAUGACGAAGAUAAGAAAUAAAAAACAGAAUAAAAUGAAGACAACGAAAGGUUGUAUUUCAGAUAAUACUGAUUGUGUAACGAACAUUGUUGGAGAUGAACCGAAUUGUCAAAUCUUCAAUUCGAAAAUAUCAAAUAAACCAAAUCAUUCCAAACUCAAAUCAUUAAAGAAAACGAUUCCAAAUAAUAAUAAUGGUAAUUCAUCUUGUCAUAAAGAAAAUGAAUUGAAUUUAUCCAAUGAAGAAUUAACUGAUGAUGAAUUUAAUCAUACUAUUCAAAGUACACAGGGUAAAUAUAAUGAAAAAUCUGUAAAAACUACUUUAUCUAUUAAACAAUUCAUUAAACAGUGUAUUAAUGUAAUAUGCUGUUUUACUAGUCAACAUUAUAAUUAUUAUUCUACUUUUGUAAAAUCAUCAAAUUCUUUAACAAAACAUCAAAAUAAUUCUUUUCAUCAACGUCAAAUAGAACGUCAUCAUAAAAUGAAAUAUCGAAAAAAUAAUUUACGUGUAUCACUUAAAAAAUCUCAACGUCAAUAUGUUGCAAUGAUUGGUGAUGGUGUUAAUGAUAGUCCUGCAUUAGCUCAAGCAGAUGUCGGUAUAGCUAUUGGUUGUGGUGCAGAUGUUGCUGUUGAGACUGCUGAUGUUGUACUUAUACGUAAUUCAUUAAUUGAUGUAGUUGGUGCUAUUGAUUUAUCGAACAAAACUGUACGUCGAAUACGAUGUAAUUUUAUUGCUGCUACAUUAUAUAACCUGAUAGGAGUACCUGUUGCUGCAGGUUGUUUAAUGCCAUUCGGCAUCGAAUUGACACCAUGGUUUGCAUCAGCUGCAAUGGCAGCUUCAUCUCUUUCUGUCAUAUUUCUUUCAUUGCUUUUAAAACGUUGGCAAAAACCAACUCCAGCAUCUCUUAUCUGUCCAGAAUAUGUGAAAUUCCUUAAUUCACGAUCAUAUGAAGCUAAGAUUAAAUCCGGACAAAGACGUGAUAGCCAACUUUCAUCAGGACUGCAUAGUUUGACCGAUAAAGUAUUAUCAUUACGUGAUAAUUUACGCACUGUACUUACUCGUCAUCGUAUUUCACCAAUACACACUAAUAUUGAAGCAGUAGAUAAUCAAAAUUUACUCGAUACCUACAAUAAUGACGGUGACAAUGAAUCCGAAGAUGAAGUAAUGAAUACACAAAAUCCUUUCAUUGAAAAAUCAUUUAUUUCAUUAGGUACACAAAGUUUUACUGAUAAUCAGAACAAUAUUUCUCUGGAGAUGCGAAAAGCGCGUAGCUGGAGUUCUCGAACAUGUCGAUAAUCAUUUCUAUCAUAUUUUUUUCCAAAGAUUAGUUUUCUCUGUUUUUGUAUCGUUUGAUUGGAUGAAUAGAUGUUAGUACCUAACUGCUUUUUUUUCUUACCCCAAACUGAUUUAAAUAUAUAAUCUAUGAUAUAUUCCUACAGGUCAGUCGAUAGUUGGCAUAUUUAACAGCCUUAAUGCAUUUCGUCUUGUUUGUCGAUUCUAUUUUCCUCACUUUUGGUGUCUCAUUGAUUCGUGUCAACUACACAAAUUCUCACUGCUUAUUUCGAUUGGAAUUACUCUGCUCGGUCCCUCGAUCUGUAAUCUUAUUCUAUUGUGUCUUCUAUUUUGCUUCCUUUAAUUUCUUACUAUCUGUAAAGUUGUUAAUGCAUCCAAAUAUCACUUUUUCAUAUUAUUCCUCUCCUAAUUUUUGUUUUCGCCCUCAAAUUGUGUUAUUUCUUUUUCUGACUAUUGUGAUAUACCAUUACUUACUGAUAGGAAAAUGUGUACAUGUUUGAAAAGGAAUAUUCGCUUUCUGUGAUUCCGUACAUAAUAUAAACUUAAGCAAACAAUAUUGGUGUUAAUAUUUUGCUUUUUUUUUAUUGAAUUUUGAAAAUAACAAAGUUAAUUUACUAU